CACACAGCAGAAUCAUGUAACACAACAGCGGGGUAUUGCAUAAACACUGGCAACUUCACAGCGUCUGUCAUCAAUACCACCUCCAGUGUUCUCACCAUAACUGCCUUGUUGAAGUCACACGCUGGUACCUGGAAAUGUAGCAGUGAUUGCGAUAUGCCCGAUCCUCCUAGCUGCCAGAUGACUGUGGCAAAAUUCCCAGCAUGCACUAUAACAAGAAGGCAGAAUGAUGACAGUGACUUCACCGGGGACGAGGAAGUGGCGUUGAAGGUGAACGUAACUGGAGACUACUGUUCUGAGUCGGCCCAGUUUCAGUUGCAAACAGGAAACAUUCAAACGGGUUGGAACAGCUCACAAUGGACGGUGAACACAGAUGUCAUAUUCAAUCUGACUGAGUCCCACCUCGGGGAAGUGAAACUGGUCUUCAUCUGUGGAGGAUACAGACAAGCGUUACCAUGUGAAGAGAUUCAACAACUGAGGCUGGUGAAAACCUUUGAUGACGACAGUACAAGUGGUAAAGAGGAACAUUGCCGCUCCACAGUUGUCAUUGCCGGAACUGUAGGUGUCGUCGUGAUCCUCAUCAACGUCCUCGCUGUCAUCGUAUGUCUGCGGAGACAUCACUGUCAGAACAAACAGCCACCUGCUGGUUACCUUGGCGCCGUAUACGUCCCGGGCAGCGCAGCCUCUGACUACGGAUAUGCCACCGUCGAUGAUGUGGGCUAUGCAAGUGGUCAAUACCUACCCCCAACUGUUGGCUAAGUCAUAGAUACAUCAUUCUAUACUGAACCCACGCUCCUUUCCGUACCAGCAUCGGACUGUUGUACUACAGACAGAUACUACAACCUGCACAUACUGGAAGGAGACACACUUUGUGCUUACUGAGGGGUGGGUGAGUGAGUGAGUUAAACUUUAUCAUAACAUCGGCAAUAUUUCAGCCAUAUCGUGUCGAGAAGAA